AUGAAGCAAAACUCCCUCCUAAUUGUCUCGGUCAGGCUCCACGCGAGGAGGGAGGAUGCACGAGGGUACGUCCGACCCUUACUCUUUGUCGGAUUUACAGCUUCAGUGGCUCUUCCAGAAAGAAAGUCUGAUGCUUCAAUGUCUAGAACUAAUAGCCACAAUUUCAAUAUUGCACGAGAAGCAAAAAUGCCAAAAAAAUUUAUUACAAAUUACGAACCCCACCACCCAGAGAGGUGCAUACACCUCUCACAAUUUUUGCAUACUCACUCCUUUUUUUAA